GCGGGCGGCACAGCUCGCGCGGGACGGCCCAGCAAGGCGCCCCCGCCUCGCGAGUCUGAGGUUUAGGGUACGUCCCUGGCCGGGAUCUGCGGUUCCCGCUGGGCGGAUGCGCGGGGUCCCCGUGGACCGGCUGUGUAGAAAACGCGGACGGCGGAUUCCCUCAGAGCCGGAAGGGAGGGGCGCACGUCAGUCUUGCGCAUGCUCAGUGCCCCUCGCUCCUGGCUCGCGCGGCUCGGAACGGCGCAGCGGGUUCGCGGCUGGCGGGUCUCUCAUGGAGGCUCCCGGGACGCCGGGCGGCGGGGUCUUGACGGACGUUGUGGCAUAUGUUGAAGUCUGGUCGGCGAACGGAACAGAAAACUACUCGAAGACGUUUACAAACCAGCUUGUGGACAUGGGGGCGAAGGUUUCAAAAACUUUUAACAAACAAGUAACUCACGUGGUGUUCAAAGAUGGAUAUCAGAGCACUUGGGACAAAGCACAGAAGAGAGGUGUGAAGCUUGUCUCAGUGCUCUGGGUGGAAAAAUGCAGGACAGCUGGAGCACACAUCGAUGAAUCGCUGUUCCCGGCAGCCAACACCAGGGAACACUUACCAAGCCUAAUUAAAAAAAAACGUAAGUGUAUGCAGCCCAAAGAUUUUAUUCCUAAAACACCAGAACAUGAUAAAAGGCUUCAGAAGAAAUUUCAGAAAAUGGCUACAGAGCUCCAGAGGCAGAAAACAACGAUGGAUAAUGAUGUCCCUGUUCUCCUAUUUGAAUCCAAUGGCUCACUGAUCUACAGUCCCACGAUUAAAAUGUACAGCGGCCAGCACAGUACCAUGGAGAAGAGGUUGCAGCAGAUGAAGGAGAAGAGGGAGAACCUCUCGCCUACCUCUUCCCAGUUGCUCGAGAAGUCUCAUGAUGACACAGUUAACUCUCUGUGUGGAGCCUGGAACAUUUCACAGGAUACUUUGUGUUCAGAUAAUUCCUUUUCUGGUGCUCUGGACUCCUCUUUUGACCAUCUUUGUGGAAACUUGAGGUGUGGAAGUCAGGAGAAGAGAAUGGGAGAAGUCGAUGAAAUUAGAAGUGGUGAAAUUAGAAGGACCGGUAGUGUUCCUUCGCCAGCACCUCCUGGUUCUUUCCCUGCAGUGAGGACCGGUAGUGUUCCUUCGCCGGCACCUCCUGCUCACCUCAGCCAUUUAACGCCCCAGAAUCCCACCGGCCGUCUGCCAGAACAAGAAGUAGGUCCGCAGAGGGGUCCUGCGGGUGAAGCGGUCAGCCCCGACCCCGACAAGUGGUCCGGGGGAGCAUCCAGGGAGCUGUUUGACGAGAAACACGGUCUGUCCCCUACGUUAUGUGCGACAAAACGCCGCCCUUCGGGACCUUCAGGGGCGGAGAGCUGCUCGGCAAAGAGAAGAAGAAAGUCGGAGGUGUCAGGUGCGCCCCCGGAAGGAAGACUGACGAGGAAGCGGCGGCGCGGGAAAGCCGGCGGGCCCCAGGAGCGGCGCCCCCCUCGGGGGGACCGCCUGCACGGGGGCGCCGGGGCCGCCGUCCAGGGCCCUGGCUGCGACGUGUCCUCGUACGACGAUUAUUUUUCUCCGGACAAUCUGAGGGAGCGGCGCUCGGAGGCGCUCCCCGCGCCGCAGGCCGCGGCCGGCGCCCCUCCGCUCCUGUGCAGAGGGCUCUCGCGGAGGGAGAGAAGGGACGUCCUGCAGAGGGCCGACUGGUCCUGCAUCGGGAAGAACCCCGGCGCCGCGCCCGCGGGCAGGGUAACGGCCGAGCGCCGCUCCCGCCCCGAGAAGCCCGCGCGCGACGAGGCGAGCGCGGCGUGGGGGCGCCGGGCCGCCGAGGAAGCCGCCGGGUGUCGGCGACGGCCCGCGGCCCUGAGAGGGCACUCGGGCCGCACGGCGGGCGGCGCCGCGGACGCCGGAGAGCCGGAGGGCGUGGGCGGCGAGCGGGACGGCCGCGCCUGGGCGCCGGGGGCGCAGCCGGGGGCCCGCUGCGGCGCCGGGACGCCCCGCGACGCCGCCGAGCCGGGCUCCGCGGGCAACGGCGCUACGGAGCGGAGGGAGGCUGCGUCCAGCGGCGGCGGUGAAAGUGUUAAAAAUGGACCAGCAAGGCAUGAAGUGUUAGGUGGCUCAUUGGAAGGCUGUCAGGACCUCACCAGACUUCACGAGGAAUCAAAGAAAAGAGGGAAAGGCCAAAAGCCAACAAGAACAUUAGUCAUGACAAGCAUGCCGUCUGAAAUGCAGAACAUCGUCAUCCAAGUUGUGAACACAUUGAAGGGCUUUUCACUUGCCCAGGAAGUGUGUGAAACUACUACCCACGUGCUGGCCGGCAAGCCGCUGCGUACCCUGAACGUGCUACUGGGAAUUGCCCGUGGCUGCUGGGUUCUCUCUUACAAAUGGGUACUGUGGUCUUUGGAACUGGGUCACUGGAUUUCCGAGGAGCCGUUUGAACUUUCUAACUACUUCCCCGCAGCUCCUCUCUGCCGCCUGGAGCGCUGUUUAUCUGCGGGGCAGUACCAGGGAAGCCUGUUUGCCGAUCAGCCUGUGAUGUUCAUCACCCCGGCCAGCAACCCCCCCAGACCCAAGCUGUGGGAACUGGUCCUCCUCUGUGGGGGUCAGAUCACGAGAAUCCCACGCCAGGCCGGCAUCUUCAUCGGACCCUCCCAAGGGAAGAGGAAGGCGACAGUCAAGUAUCUGUCAGAAACGUGGAUCUUAGAUUCCAUCACUCAGCACCAGAUCUGUGCCUCUGAAAACUACUUGUUGCUUCAGUGACGGAGCCCUCAGUCAUCCCACGGCCACUGCCAGCAGCUCGCAGAGUUGUCUUCGGACAUUCAAAUGUGCAAAACCUGAAGAGGAGGAAAGGACUCGGAAACGGUGCCUUUUGACCCGGUCACCUGUUUGCCUUGUGUGCCUUGUGGUUUUUAUAUAAAGAAGCUCUUUGAUGUGCCUUUCUGAUGACUGGAUGUGUUUUAAAGAAGCACUGGCCAGCCUACAGGGGCCUUUCUGUAUAAUGCCAAUCUUAGUAUUUUAAAUUACGAUCAUGAUUAAAAGCUCACAGAACCUUGGUCA